UAUUGAUAUUUUGGUGUAACACCAGGAAGUGCGGAAGAAGACGGAGACCGAAACUCGACGGGUUGAAGUUUAGCUGACAGGUUUUGCUCUAUUUAACUGUUUUUUUGACGGACUUUCCGUAAACAUUUGUUUGUGUUUUUGUUGGGUUUUCGAAGAUUCGUCUCAAUAUGCCGGCAAUGGAAAAGCAUCUCUUCUCCCUGAAGAUGGCCGCCAAAGAGCUCCAAAGAAAUUCACAGAAAUGUGACAAACAGGAAAAAGCAGAGAAGGCUAAAGUCAAGAAAGCCAUCCAAAAGGGAAAUACAGAAGUGGCGCGGAUCCAUGCAGAGAACGCCAUCAGACAGAAGAACCAGUCUUUGAACUACCUGAGGAUGAGUGCACGAGUUGAUGCUGUGUCAGCAAGGGUUCAAACUGCUGUUACAAUGAACCAGGUGACAAAAUCUAUGGCUGGAGUGGUGAAAGGAAUGGAUUCUGUGCUCAAGUCUAUGAACCUGGAAAAGAUUACAGCUCUCAUGGACAAAUUUGAGCACCAGUUUGAAACUCUGGAUGUUCAGACAUCCCAGAUGGAGGACACCAUGAGCAGCACAACAACACUCACAACACCACAGAACCAAGUUGAGUCACUGAUGCAUGAAUUGGCCGAUGAAGCAGGAUUGGACCUGAACAUGGACCUCCCUCAGGGACAGACAGGAUCAGUGGGCACCAGCGUGGCCUCUGCAGAACAGGAUGAGCUGUCCCACAGGCUCGCCCAGCUCCGAGACCAAAUAUAAAAAGACAGCCACAGAGGUGCUCACACACUACCUGAAAAUCACUCUCAGACAUAUUCUAUUUGCAUCAUGUCUUUUCUUCUCUUUACAUCUCAUGUGUCCUUUCAGAGGCCUCUGUUAAAACUGUGUUGGUUAUAAACAUUUGAUAACUUCUGUGCAAACUAACACAAAUGAUGGUGAAGGAAACGUUCUAUAUUUCCCAUGUAUAAGCAUUUACCAAUGAGAAUGAUGAAAUAUAAUUGUGUUGUUAAAUAUUUGAGCACAUCACACAGGUGAUUUGAAAUGAUGAAGAGUGACAGUUAUACGCCUUUAUUUGAAAGUUACGUUAAUCUACUUCUAGUGAAAUAGCUUCAAAUGUUCUGACUGUAGAAUUGUGAUUUUUGGUUUGUGUGUGCAGAAACAUGUAUGCCUUUCCUCCUCAGACCUCCCACUUCAAGCUUGAGUUGACUUUGUGUUUCUGACAAAUAUUCUAUUUAGAUACUGGAUGACUGGCUCCUGUGUUUGUCUGAUCAUCGUCAGUGUUUUCACUUAUCAUUCGGUGAGGGGGUUACAGUUCAGAGUUUUCAUUCAGAAUGAACAAUAAACUUUUAUAAUACUUUUA